GUGCCAGCUGUGCUUGACACCCCAUCAGUCGACGACACAAAGGCAAAGGGUCUGCUCGUCUGGUGGAAGGUCGCCCCUCCGCGGACUUCUUCCGGCCUAGAGGGCCCUUCCCGAAGCGAUAAAUCACCGCCAGCUGAUAAGGACGGCUGUGCGCUCGAGUGGAGUGCGCAGGUGACGUGUUUUGCUGUCUGACGUAGGCGUGCCACGAUGGCUGAGGCCGGUGUAAACACGAAGCAGAGGAUGCCGUUGACCGAAGUCGAGUUCAACGCGGCGAGAGUCAUCUCCCGGCUGGAGGAGGCUGUGCAAUUAGAGGAGGGCGGACACACUUGGAAAGUGUCCCACGGCUUGCUGCCCCUGCCAAGUCGCACAAAAGACGAAGUUUUGACGCAACUAGAGGAUCUGCUACUGCACGAAGAGGGCGAGGUGCGCGCGCGACUGCCGCAGUUAGAUGGCCCUGGCGAGGUGGCCAUCACUUCGCAGAGCAUUGCUGCCUACGCCAGCAGCUUGGACCGACCGCACUUGCAAAACCUCUCAAUAAGAAUUGCUACCGACGCUACUCGAUGGCUCAGUCAUAUGUUUAGAUUUCUGGAUUGCACUGCAUUCUAUCAUGAAGAUCUCCUCGAGGGGCUGGUGCGCAUCACUCGCAUGCUCCUCCACUACAAAUACCCCGAAUACCUUGAGCUGGGCUACGAGGCCCUGCAUACCAAACCGCCAGUCAUUUACACCAGCACGGCCUCCCCUCUGGGUCUGGUGCAGCACAUUUGUCGCCAGGUGGGCCUGCCGUUGAUGUGUGUCAGACCUGUGCCGUGCAACACGGUCUUCGGCUCGCAUCAGAAAAUGGACGUGGCGGCCCUGGAGAGGGCCAUCGAGGAAGACAAGCUGGUGGACAAGGUGCCUCUGUUGGUUCUGGCCGACGCAGGAACCACAAUCGCCGGACACGUGGAUAAUAUCGCCAGGAUGCAGGAAGUGUGUCGUAAGCAUGACGUGUGGCUGCACCUCAAGGGCCACAGCUUGGCUGCCCUGGCCAUCGCCGCCUCUCCGACGGUUCCUUCGCGCAUUGCUGACAGCAUGACCCUGCCGGUUGGAGUUUGGUUUGGAGUGCCAGCAUUGCCGAUUGUUACUUUAUUCCGCACAUUCGAGGCAGCAGAACCAGCACCGAAAGGUGUGCGCACCCGUGAGAGCACUCUUGCCUUCCUUGCAGGUCUCUCUUUGGAGCACAGCAUGUUGAAGAUGCCAAGUCUUCCCCUGUGGACGGCACUACAGGCACUAGGCCGAGAGGGAAUUUUGAAGCGGCUUCGUGAUGCUUUUGAGUCAAGUGAAAUUCUCCACAAUAAACUUACGAAAUUCCAACGUCUUCGAUUAAUGAAUCAGAGACCUGGAGGUGAAGCAGGCAGCAUAUCCAUAACAGAGCUGGUCAAAAAGCCAAUUAGCACAACAGUUCUGUUUGAAGUAACCUCCUCGACAGUCGUUUUUCAAUUUGUUCCUGAAAACCACAACAAUGACGAAAGAGUCCCCGAUUACUAUGACAAACUUAAUUCUUGGCUUGGACAAAUUUUGCAAAGAGAUGUCCAAGAAGUCCCUCUCGAAAUCUGUGAACUUGACGUCAGCGGAGUCAUUUUGCGUUACUGUCCGCUAGAGCUAUCGCCUGAGCGUUUGCCGACAACCGCUCAUAUUGAAAAGUUUGCUACCUCAAUGGAGCAGCAGCUGGAAAUUCUCGAGGCAACUGUGCACCACAAAGAGACUUUCAUCAAGUUGGCCACUGAAUGCGCCCAUCUCCGUUUGGUUCACAUGCCCCAAUGGGCUGGACUCGGUGGGGUGCGUUUUGUCCCAGACGAAAGUGAACCAGAUGAGUUGACCGUUCAGCGCAAACUUGAACUGAACAACCUGAACCAACGGCUUGUAGAUACUUUACGAAGUACCGAUGCUGCAUUUUCCAUGGGUCAAAUGAUUUUCCACCAAGGUGAAGGUGAGAACGGCCUGAUUUGUGUCCGCUUCGGUAUGGUUACUGCCGAGACUGACGUUGAAGAGCUGCUCAAUUUAGUCGUGACAACUGGUAAGGAAGUCGAAGAGUCCUCUCGCUUCCUGGAAUCUCUCACAGAGAUUGUCAAGAAAGGUAUUGAGACCGCAACUCAGGACCUUCAAAAGGAAAACGCUGAGCGUGUCUGGCAAGAGGGAAUUUUGCGUCAGAUGCCAGUGGUUGGAUCAUUUGUCAAUUGGUGGUCUCCUUUGAGCAAGGAGACUGGAAUCAAGGGACGAAGUCUCAAUUUAACUGCAGAUACAGAAUUGUGUGGCACAGAUCUGAGCCAAAUCACUGGUGUCGUGGAAAGCACAGAAAAUAUUUAUCGUUACCACAUGCAAAUGCAAGGGGUUUCCCCGCCUGGGACAAAGGGCCCACCCACGCCACUGGUGCAGACCCCAGUGGCACCACCUUCUUCUCAGCACUCUAGGUCAUCGUCCCACAGCUCUAACAAGGAGCAACAGCAGCAGGCAGCUGAUCAAUAACGAAAGGCAGACCACGCUGUUUAUGUAUAAUAUUCUUUUACAGUUAACUGCAUUACACACGUACUAUUUCGUAUGCAAAGGAUUUCUCGUUUUAUGUUGUGAUUUAUUUGUAGUGAUGUCGAAAUUAAUUCAUGGACCUAAGACUGUAUUGAGCACAAGCACCUAUUACCAAAGAUGCCUCGAUUGUGUACUCUUGGUUGCAAUAAAUGAAAAAAACCAAAUUCA